UCCAUGCAGGGGGACUAAACAGACUCUAAAAUCGGAGAGAGAACACCUAAACACAUUUGAUCCGAUUAGGACUCCGUGCCUGAGCAACCAAUCCUAUUCCUGGAGAAAAAGAUGGAUGGAAAACAGUGCCGGCUUUUCCCUUUCUUACUCCUUCUUGAAGUGACGUGCAUUUUCGGUGAACGGGUUUUAAAGCAGUCGGUCGGCAGGAUCCAGCCUGGACAGAAACUCUACAGCCUUUCAAUCAAGCGCGGUCCAGACAAUCAUGGAAUGUGGACCACUUGGUUUAAUAUUGACCAUCCCGGAGGCAACGGGGAUUACGAGCGCAUGGACGCCAUCCGUUUUUACUACCGGGAGAGGGUGUGUGCGAGGCCCAUCCUCAUCGAAGCUCGAACGACAGACUGGAUCUCUGCUGCCACCACGGGCCAGGUGGUCCACUCCGAUGCCCAAGAGGGAUUCUGGUGUCUGAAUAAGGAGCAGCCUGCAGGGCAAGCGUGCUUGAAUUAUGCCGUGCGUUUUCUGUGCCCCGUAGGCUCUCUACUGCAAGGAUCCAAAACACUAUGGUCUUCGUGGUCAAAGUGGAGUGAAUGCUCUGCAAAAUGUGAUCAAGCCGGCAUCCAGAUGCGGACCAGAGCCUGCCUUGCAGAAAGCCUCCAGGAUCCACGCUGCAAAGAAGUGAGCGAGGAAGGAAGGCGCUGUUCUGGACCCCCUUGCUCAGUGUGUAACAUGACCUGCUCCAUGGGCCGUGUGAACGCAGAGUGCGAUGCAUGUAUGUGUGAGGAACAUCUGCUCCGCGGCAAGGUCUCCCUUCAGGAUGGCGCCCCAGCCGCUGGUGCCGCCAUCUACCUCCAAGACGAGACGACAAAGUUGUUAACGGUGUCAGACAACAAUGGGGUGUUCCAGGUUCCUGGCGUGUGCCCAGAUGGAAAAACCGUUUUGCAGAUCAAACAGCCAAAAUACGUGACCGCUUUGGUUGCUGUGACUGAGAGCUCCAAAAAUCCAUCCUCAGUCCAUGUCCGCUUGAAAAGAGCAGAAAAACCAUAUAUGGUGACGCAUCCAGAGAACAGAGCCAGAAGAGAAGGGCAGAGUGUGUCUUUCUGUUGCCACGCUGUUGGAGAUCCCAAUCCCGAUCGUUAUCUUUGGUUCCACAAUGAAACUUUGCUGGACCCCGCACUCUAUAAAUACAGAGGCAACCUGGUGUUAAAGAACUUGAAAAAGGAACAGGCCGGGCAAUAUUCCUGCAAGACCAGCAACGAUGCAGGUUCAGUGAAGUCACAAGCCGCCACACUUUCCCUAAAAGCCAAGAACGAAGCUCCCUGCGACCCAAGGCCUGAGAGCUACCUCAUCCGACUGCCGCAUGAUUGCUUCCAAAACUCAACGAGCUCCUUCUACUAUGAUGUUGGUAGGUGCCCGUCCAACGCAUGCCCUGGAAUGUCGCACAAAGGGCUCCAGUGCAAGGACACCGUCGCUUACUGCUGUGGGGUCUCCAGUUUGGAAACACGAGAAAUAACGUGUGCUGGAUACACGCUCCCCGUCAAAGUGACGGUCGAGUGUGGCUGUCAGAAAUGCACGGAAGCCAAAGUCACGGUUAGAGGAAGAGCCCUGGCUUCAGAUACCCAAGAGCCCAUGAGAUUUGGGCAUAUAUAUAUGGGCAACAACCGGGUCAGCAGGACAGGUUAUAAGGGAACCUUUUCCAUUCAAGUGCCACCCAGCACAGAGAGGCUGGUUCUCACCUUCGUGGAUCGCCUGCAGAAGUUUGUGAACACCACCAAAGUGCUUCCUUUCAACAAAAACGGCGGGGCCGUCUUCCACGAGAUCAAGAUGUUAAGGAAGAAACCGCCCGUCACGCUAGAAUCGAUGGAGAGCAAUGUGAUUUCCUUGGGAGAUAUGGAGGGAGAGGACCCAAUAGCUGAACUGGAAAUCCCUCCCAAUACCUUUUACAGACAGAAUGGAGAACCCUAUGUGGGAAAAGUAAAAGCCAGUGUGACUUUCCUGGACCCGAGGAAUGUCUCCAGCGCAUCCACAGCGCAAAGCGACCUGAGUUUCGUCGAUGAUGAAGGCGACAUGCUCCCGCUUCGGACGUACGGCAUGUUCUCUAUGGAUUUCACCGACGAAGCAGCCACAGAGUCCCUCAAUGCGGGGAAAGUGAAAGUCCAUCUCGACUCUGCUCAGGUCAGGAUGCCGGAACAUCUGAAGGGGAUGAAGCUUUGGUCUCUCAACCCACAGACAGGCUUGUGGGAGGAAGAAGGGGACUUCCAAGUGGGCCAGAGCAGACGCGGCAAGCGAGAGGAGAGGACGUUUCUGGUGGGCAACAUGGAGAUAAGAGAACGGAGGCUCUUCAACCUAGAUGUCCCGGAGAGCAGGCGAUGCUACAUCAAGGUGCGUGCUUAUAGGAGCGAGAGGUACCUGCCCAGCGAACAAGUCGUAGGCGUCGUGGUUUCGGUGAUCAACUUGGAACCAACACCAGGCUAUUCGUCCAAUCCCAGAGCUUGGGGCCGCUUUGACAGUGCCGUCACGGCCUCCAACGGAGCAUGUGUGCCAGCGUUCUGCGAUGACCAAAACCCCGAUGCCUACAGCGCUUACAUCAUGGCAAGUCUCGGGGCGGAAGAACUUGAAGCUGUCCCCUCCUCUCCAAGGCUCAGCCCUGCUGCCGUUGGAGUCCCACAGCCCUAUCUCAACAAGCUGAAGUACAGGCGGACGGACCAUGAGGAUCGGAAUGUGAAGAAGACCGCUUUCAGGAUCAGUGUGGCCAAACCCACCCCCAACGCUGCGGAGGAGAGCAACGGGCCCAUAUACCCUUACGAGAAGCAGCGAGAAUGUGAAGCAGCCCCACAUAUUGCAGCUCACUUCAGGUUUUAUAGGGUCGAGGGAGACAGGUAUGACUACAACACCGUCCCUUUUAACGAGGACGACCCCAUCAACUGGACUGAAGACUACUUGGCCUGGUGGCCUAAGCCGAUGGAAUUCAGGGCAUGUUACGUUAAGGUGAAAAUUAACGGGCCCCUCGAGGUGAAUGUGAGGUCCCGCAACACAGGGGGCACGCAUCCGCGGACCGUUGGCAAGCUGUACGGCAUCAGAGACGUGCGCAGCAUCCGUGACCUGGUCCAACCCAACCUGUCAACAGCAUGCCUGGAAUUCAAGUGCAGCGGCAUGUUGUAUGACCAAGAACGUGUUGACCGGACGCUAGUGAAAAUUAUCCCACAGGGAAACUGCUACAGAGCGAGUGUCAACAGCAUGCUACACGAGUAUCUCAUCAACCACCUUCCAGUUGCAGUUAAUAACGACUCCAGCCAGUAUACCAUGUUGGCUCCUCUCGACCCUCUGGGUCACAACUACGGGAUCUACACCGUUACAGACCAGGACCCUAGGUCAGCCAAGGAAAUCGCUCUGGGCAGAUGUUUCGAUGGAACAUCAGACGGUUCCUCGAGGAUUAUGAAGAACAAUGUGGGCAUAGCGUUAACUUUUAACUGCGAAGAGAGAGACGCGCAACAACAAAGCUUAUUCCAGUCCCUGCGGAACGCGCCUAGCCGGUAUCCGGGAAGUCCUCUUAGGGAGAGAAUAGGCGUGAGAAGGCCAAGCGAAAGCCGUGGGGGUCUGAUCAGGGGAAGGGGCGUUCCCUUCGUCAGAACGCCGCAAAAAGCCCAAUAAGCUCUUAUAUAGGCCCCUCCCCACACAGCGGUUCUGUAAGGAUGCCAGAGUCCGUGCCAAUGCAUGCACAUC